CAGUCACUUCCGGCCCGGGUGGCCCCAAUGAGUUCCAGCAGCCCGGUGCACAGAUCACCCAAAGCAGCCGCUCGGCACGGAACGCUUUCAUUUCUUCAUAUCGAGCGGCGGAGGAAACGAGAGCAACUAAGUCAUUCAUUAGCUUCUUUUUUUUCUUUUUUCCCCCUUUGACGUACGUUUCUUACCUCUUUUAGCUAUCAUUUGUUUUACGAAUUUACUCCAGUGAGAGGCGCUGGUUAGCCGUUCUUCUCAAUCUCCCCUCCCCUCCGUUUAAUCCCACUCUCAAUCGCCCCCCCUCUCGGUGUUAGCUAGCUAAAAGUUACCAGGCGACUGUUCUUCCUCCUCUCGCGCGCCGACAUGUCGUACUUGGACGACCCGUCCGUGCUCACGAAGGACAAGCUGAAGAGCGAGCUGCUGGCCCAUAACGUGGAGCUCCCCGCCGGCAACCCGACCAAGGACGUGUAUGUGCAGCUCUAUCUGAAGAACCUGACCGCCCACAACAAGAACCAUGCCGCGGCCGCCACGCCGGACGUCUUCUCCAGCGACGAGGAGCUGCCGCCGCCCGUAGUCUUCAGCAGAAGUCGUUCCUCCGGCAGAAAAGCCACUAGGAAAACGGACAAGGUCCGUCCUGACGAAAUGGACGUCACCAUGCUGACCGAUGAGGGCCUGAAGGACGAGCUGCUCAAGCACGGAGUGGAUGUGGGGCCCGUUGUGGCAUCCACCCGCAAGCUGUACGAGAAGAAGCUGCAGAGGAUGCUGGACAAUGGUCCUGCACAGCCGCCGCUGCUGGUUCUCACCGAGAUACAAGUGAACCACAACGGCAACUCUGAGUCCGACCUGUACAGUGACAAGGAGGACGAAGUGACAGCAGAACCAGAACCAGUACCAGAACCAGAACCUGUGGCAGAACCUGAACCCACUCCAGUGGUGGAGAGACUGGUGAGGAGCAGAGGGAAGACGCCCGUCACCACUCGCACCCGCAGCAGCCAGCACCACACGCUCAAAGUGGAAGACGUGGGCUUGAGUGUUCCCAAACCCAACCAGGAUUCAUGUCACCAGCCAGCCGCUCUGCUCAACACUGCUCUGUUAGAGUCUUGUCUUCUUCAGGUGGGCUCUUUGACUUGUACCAAGCCAAGUCCACGACCGGCUGCCAGGCCAUCCCGGCCUUCCUCCCCUCUGGCUCAAAUCACCAAGGUUGAUCCGGUCACCUUUAGCCCUUUGUGUAACAUCUCACCCAUUAAGAGACGAGAGUACCACUGGCCUCUGUCAGACCGGUCUGGAUCAAAGGCCGGCAGUGUGUCUGUAGCACGGGUGGAGAAGAUUGCAGCCAGCGACCAAACCCCGAAAGUGGUGGAGAAUGAUGUUCUGAAGGAGCUGUUCCCCAAUGAUAUCAACAGUCCAACAGGAAUCUCCGCCACCUGUCGGCGACCCAUCAGAGGAGCUGCCCGUCGCCCUGUGGCGUCCAGUGACCUGUGGAAUGAUGAAAACUUCGUCUUCUCUCCAAAAACCACCAAGACAACCAGCUCCUCCUCCUACACAGAGAGCUGCACUGUCAACAGGGUCAGCAGCCUACCCCCCUCCACCCCCUCCUCCUCCUCCUACCUCUCUUCCUCCUCCAGGCUUCUGUCUGCAGCCCCCCCUGCAGGGCAGACUAAGGCAGCGUACCGCAGCGUGUCUCUGUGGAUAAAGUUCUUCCUGCUGGCCAUCGUGGCUGCGUUCCUGUUCUUGGUGUACCAGGCCAUGGAGACCAACACCAUCAACCCUUUUACAGCCUCAGACACAGAGGUGGCUGGUGGCAGCACAGCGUAGAGAGCUCAGGGAGUGUCUGAGGGGG